AUGCUUUGUCCUCCCCUUCACUCCAGAGAAGGUCCCUUCUUCUGUAGCAAGCGAGCCUUUCAAACGCAGUUUCGUCGCUGGAACUUUCCAGCCAAGCAGCGGCCGGCCCACAAGAAUGACCGCCUGGUCGCCCGGAUCAAGGAACUCUGGGAGAAGAACCUUUCGCAGCGGGAGAUGCUACGCAUUCUCAACGAGGAGGACGGCUAUGACAUUAAGCCGCGCGAGCUUGUGCGGGUGCGUACCAAGAACAGAUGGCUGCUCCGCGUCCCUAACGCGACGACGGAUGCGCCGCCGGAGGUGCCACACGACGGUGAUGAGGACGAUGACGAUGUCGACGAUGAUGGCACUGAUGACGACAACGACUCCGCCGCCGCCGCUGUCAUUAACGGUGGAAGUGACAUGAUUAUGCAGGAUAGUGACAGCGGCAACGGCGCGCCCACGGUACCGGCCGCCGGGAGGCGGGCCCGACGUCGAGGACGGCAGGGUGGGCAGGAUGCACAGUCGACGACGGUCGGUAGCAACAACCGCUUCCCUUCCGAAAUGACGAUUGAUGAAGCCCGCGAUAUUCUCAGCCUCGACACGGCCACGUAUCGCACGCUACGGACCAACUUUCAGCAGAUAUGCCACGAGGACUCGCUCUCACGCAAAACGGAAGCGGGACCUGAGCGCUGGGCCGCCGCCAAGCAACGUCUCGUCGGCAGCUCGCCGGCACUGCAGCGCAUGCUCUGGGCGGGUGCCGGUGGCACCGGGACGCACGGCAGCAGCAGCAGCAGCAGCCUCAAUCAGCGGCAGCUCGCGCUGGACGUCAUCUGCACCGACGUGACCAAGCGGCUGCGGACGCUGGAGACGCGCAUGACGCUGGGCGCGGCCAAGGCGGUGCUGGGGGUGAACCCGGCCGAGUCGCGGGACAUGCGGGCGGCGCUGCACGCGGUGCUGUCCGAGGCGCGGCUGGCGAGCAAGUCGGACGCGACGCCGCAGCAGUGGGAGGGGCUCAAGCGGCAGUGGGCGCGGCGGUCGCCGCGUGUGCGCGGGGUGCUCGGAGACGACUCGGGGACGGAGGAGGCCCGGGCCCGGCUGCGCGCGCUCGAGACGGUCGCGAGCGACGUGAUGAAGAGACUGCGCGACCAGCGGCGCUCGAGGCAGUCGCUGGCCGCGGCGGCAGGCGGGCAGGAGGGGGCGCGGCCGGGGAGCGGCGGCGCAGCCACGGCGGCGGACAGCUCCUCCCCGAGCACCACCACCUCCAUCGCCGCCGGCGCCGCGCACGACCACCACCAAAUAGAAAUGUCGGAGAGCAGCUUGGCGAGCAGCGCGUUCGACGACUUAUCAGAAGUAUCGCAGAUGGCGUUUGGCAGCCCCGGCAGCGACGCCAUGCAGCACAUGAGCGCGGCCAUGCAGCUUGACUCGUCAGGCAUGAGUCCCCACGCGCUGCUCCUCAGCCCGGGCAACCCAACAGCGGCAGCUGCGGCGGCCGCCGCGGCUGCGUUCAUGGGCCACCACCAUCAUCCGUCGCCGCAAGCCUUUUACGAUGUCGGCGCGGUGGCGAGCAGCCCUUCCGCCGGCGCCGCCUCUGGCUAUCAGCAGACUACGACGACGCCUCGCGGCGGGGCGGCCUGCGCCGUGUACCUGCGGCUGCACCCGUCGUCGAGCUUCCUGACGGGCGCGGGACUGUGGGUGGCGACGCUGGGGGCGCACCCGUCGGUGCAGGAGCUGCGGGAGGCGGCGGUGGCGCGGUUCCCGGGGGCGGCGUGCGGGCGCGUCGAGGGCGUCAUCAAGGAUGGUAAGGGCGGGGAGCUCCCGCUGCAGAUCGAGCAGGAGCAGGAGCUGGCGGCGUACCUGGCGCAUACGCAGGGGGCGUCGCCGACGUUCAACGUGCAGCUGGUGUGGAAGGGGACAUAG